GGUUUCACAACGCACAUCAGGAAAACUAUCCAGCUUACUCCAUCAGUUGCUUCUCCACUGGCACCAUGAACAAUAAGUCACUCAUCCUUGGGAGCCUGUUUGCUCUUGCUUUCAGCUUGGGAAGUGCAUCAUCCAUCUUCUCAAAGAGUCACAAGCAAGAUGGAACAUGUGCUGGGAUUUGUGACACUCAGGGGGUGCAUCCAGACUGGCCAUGUCAGUGCAACGUCUUUUGUGUACAGUUUGGGGACUGUUGUCCAGACUAUGAGACUGCUUGUCUCAGUUGUGCAGACAGGUGCAACAGUGCUUUCAAUGCAAACUUGCCCUGCCAAUGCACAACACAGUGCCAGAACUUCAAUGACUGUUGUGCAGACUAUGGUGAUGUCUGUGAUGGUGGACAACCAGAACCUGGGACUGUAACCAAUGCAGAGAUCAUCCAACUGGUGGAUGACAUGUCUGCAGUGGACUUCAACAACAUGGCUUCUGGUAUCACCUUUGAUCUCCAAUCCUCAACCACUGGAAGUGAUACUUCCCCAAAUCCAUUGUUCCCUGAGGAGAUUCCUGAAGUCUAUCUGCAAAUCCCAACUGUUGCUGCUUUGCUGAAUCUGUUUGACAACUACCACCCUUUAGUGUCUAUCCAAGAGUCCUUCACACCAGAACAGGAGUCUGAAAUAGAAGUUUUCCUUGACGCAGUUUUUGACACUGAAGUAUUCCGAGUCAUGACUGAUUUCUUCUUGGCCAAGGAAAUGUUUGACAGUCAAGAGAGCCUGAGAGCAAAGCUGAAGGAGGUGUGGUUCAACCGUUACUGCAGGGAUGCCAAAGAUGCUGAUGAUCAUCCUCUGCAACCCAAAUGCAAUGAGGGCUCAAGUGGGUUUGAGCAUGUUUUCUUGGGAGAGCAAAAAUCCAACUCAAUCAGUGGUGUUCAUGGAUGGAUCUACCUGGCCCUACAAGAACGAGCAGGAAAUAUCAACUACUUUGGCCACAUGACCACCAGAACUUUUGGGGACAAGGGCAGCGCCAUUGAAUUCGCCUUCACCUGGGACGGACUGAAGAAGCCCAUCUCCAGUGUGUUUGUGGGUGCCAGUCCCGAGUUGGAUCUGGCAUCCCUGAGUGUCUGCUUCCUCCUGCGACCCAACUCUCUCUGCUCCGUGUCCAUCUCCGGCGUGGGAGUCAAGAUUCAAACUUACACUGAGGCCUACAAUGGCCAGCAACUGGUGGGGACGGCGUAUUACGAUGUGUCUAGCUGAUGAGGAUCAUCCGUCAUCAGAGCAGGAGACUGCACGUAUAUACCGUAUACCAUGAUGAUUGCUAUAUAUGCUGCACUUGUGUACAUUAAGUCUAUCCCAACGUCGGGUGUUGGGUUGGGCAGCCCUAAACAAUACAACAACGAUAAUAAAAAAAAAGAAGCAAUGCGCUUAACCCCUUGUAUAUGAAACCCGCUGUCUCUCUGUCUCUGCUGGGUUGUCUCCUCCGCCUCCGUGUUGCGUAAACGCCUGGUACUGUACUUGUGCGGUAUGUGUAGGUGUGGGGUGCGGGACCUUGAACUGGACGCUGCUUGGGCAGGGGUGCCAGAUGGCGCAACAGUACUAUACCGGAUGCAUCAGAACCACAUUUGCCCCAUCCCCCACCUAUUUCACAUUGAACUGCUUAAACCAGUAUAAGAAGAUGAAUAUAAUUUUGUAUGCUAAUCUGUUGAUUAUAAAAAGAGAUG